AUGCUCAAUUUACUUAAAUCUCCCCUUAAAUCUGAUAGCAUACCAAGUGUAUUCAACUCCAUAACAGGCUUAAUUCAAAUUAGAACGUCUACAAAGCGUGGUGGUGGUUCUUCCAAAAAUAACAAGAAGACCGCAGGUAAACGCCUUGGCCCGAAGAAAUACGGUGGCGAAUUCGUCAUCCCUGGAAACAUUCUCAUCAGACAGAGAGGUACUGUUUGGCAUCCUGGACAGCAUGUAGGCAUCGGCCGCGAUCACACACUCUUCGCCCUUGAACCUGGCUGGGUAAGGUACUACAAGCAGCCUCGAAAGGUGUUGGACGGACACACACCACCGGGAAAUGGACAAUUUGACCACCGUAAUCAGUACAAAAGAUGUAGAAGCACUCGGUACAAGUAG